UCCAGCCGGAAUGGCAUGAUCCUGAAGCCCCACUCCCACAAGGGCCGUCAGGGGCGCGGGGCCACGUGGUUCAACCAGCCGGCCGGCAAAAUCCGCAGACGCAAGGGCCGGCAGGCCAAGGCGCGCCUCAUCGCCCCGCGCCCCACGUCUGGCCUCCUCCAGCCGGUGGUGAGAUGCCCCACGGUCAGGUACCACACCAAGGUGGGCGCCGGCAGGGGCUUCAGCCUGGAGGAGCUGAGGGUGGCUGGCAUCCACAAGAAGGUGCCCCGGACCAUUGGGAUCUCAGUGGACCCGAGGCGGCGGAACAAGCGCACGGAGUCCCUGCCCACCAACGUGCAGCGGCACAAGGAGUACCGCUCCAAGUUCAUCCUCUUCCCCAGGAAGCCCACGGCCCUCAAGAAGGGAGACAGCACUGCUGAAGAGCUCAGAUUGGCCACCCAGCUGACGGGACCAGUCAUGCCCAUACGAAACGUCUAUAAGAAGGAGAAAGCCAGAGUCAUCACAGAGGAGGAGAAGAACUUCAAGGUGGUCGCCAGGCUCCGCAUGGCCCACGCCAUUGCCUGGCUCUUUGGCAUCCCAGCAAAAAGGGCCAAGGAGGCUGCAGAACAGGAUGUUGAAAAGAAAAAAUAA